AUGGUUAAUCAAUUUUAUAGUAUGCUCUCCCGACUUAAAUUUAUUCUGUGUACCUUGAAUCCUAUACCAACGUUCAUUUUUGUUGUGGGAGCAGCCAACGAGCAGGCGACCAUCUAUUAUGGAGACCACGAAGUCAGCGUGGGCGAAGACUUCUCCAUCACCUGCGUUAUCCCGGUCACCGAGCAAAUCCAUUGGCUCAAGAACGGGGAGCCAAUCACACGGCACAACCUUCGACACGGGCGAGACGAUCACGCCUACACUCUGUCGGAGAGUACAAUCGAUGGUGAAGAUCACAAGAUCGAGGCCCAUCUGAGCGUAAAGCAUGCUCUUAAGGUGCACGAGGGUAUCUACCAGUGCAACCGUCACCACAGCAGUUUCAUGCUGCGAGUGUUGGAUUCCAAGGGAGUAGGAGUGGGAGCGGGCGGACCCACCGAGUCUGGCUAUCAAACCAUUGAUGAGGUAACGUCCAAGUCGGCGGACGAAGUAUUCUCAAAAGAGUGGAAGGCAAAGCACAAACAGCACAAGUCGCAUUUGGGUUAUGGAAACGACAGCUUGUCCGGCUCUCAAUCCUGGCAUACUUCGUCAGUAGGAGGUGGCAUCCAUCGCGUUUAUUCGGCCACACCGCCCGACUUUCCACCACCGCGCCUUAAUCCUCAGGAGCACACGGUGGCGCCGCCGGAGCCACCCACCAUACUGUACAAUCAAACGUAUUCCACUGCCAGUGCCACUGCCACGGAGACCACCCUAUUCAUGACGACGGCGCACCACCAUACCCACCACCAGCAGCAGUUGCAGCAACAGGGGCAGCACACGCUGAACGCCUUCCAGUUGCAACCGCCGCCGCGGCCCCAUCCUGGCCAGCAUGAGCGGCACAAGACCCAUUCACAGCACUAUUUGCCUCCUGUGGUGGGCUCUGGAUCAGAGGAAGACGCGAGAGGAGGAGGACGAGGAGAGCAGACCACCAUUUCAGCAGCCUCCAGCACGAGGGCCAUGGGUGGAUAUGAUGGUGCAGGCCCGGGAGGUCCUGCGGGUGCUACUGCCCCAAUGAUGGGAGCCGGUGGCCAUAUGCUGAUGGGUGGCCAGGGGCAUCAGGUGCAUCAAGUGCAUCUACAGCACCAGACGCUCUUGCCCGUCAAGAUGGAUAAGCUGGUGCCAAACUACGAUAAUAUCGAGCAUAAAAUGAAAUUUUACGACAUCAAAACGCCGCUGGUUCUUAGCUGCAACGUGAAAGACGAAACCACGAAGGCCGUACUCAUAUGGAAAAAGAAUAACACUCUGGUGACGGACGAGCCUUCGCUAAAAGGUCGCUUUAAGAUAAUCGCAGACGAGAAAAAGUUUAUUAUCGAUAAGACGGAGGCGAACGACCAUGGAAAUUACACUUGCGAGAUCGACGGCGAGUCCCAGAGAAUCGAAGUGAUUGCUCGCGUUGUUGUAAGAGUGCCUUCAAAUACAGCUGUUGUGGAGGGUGAGAAGAUGUCGGUGACCUGCACCGUCGUGGGAACCGAUCCCCAAUUGACUUGGACCUUUGGUAACGUAACGCUGACAAACGCCACAGACCGCUUCGUCCUCAAGCAGGACAACGGCGUGCAAAACGCCAUUCUGACACUGGAUAAUGUGACAUUGGACGACAGAGGCGAGUACAAAUGCAUUGGUCGCAAUGCGGCCAACGACUAUGGUGUAAACACCACCGCUCCUGCCAGCGACUUCACAACUGUGCGUGUUAAGGGCAAAUUUGCCGCCUUGUGGCCUUUCCUGGGCAUCUGUGCUGAGGUGCUGAUUCUGUGCAUCAUCAUUCUCAUCUAUGAGAAGAGACGCAACAAGAGCGAACUGGAGGAGAGUGAUACUGAUCCCCAAGAACAGAAAAAGAAAAGGAGAAAUUAUGAUUAAAAUUCUUAAGCAAAAGAAAGAACACACCGUAUAAAAAUAACAAAUGAAUCCAUUUAAAUAUGAGCAAAAGCAAGUAACAGAAAGUAAAAUGCAUUAAAACAUUACAUAAACCACAUAAAACUAGCGAAAUCAAGAAGUAAUGAAAUCGAAAUAAUGAAACGGUUACAAGAGAAAAAGUUGUGUAUCCACACCCUAUCCCAACCCCCUCUCCCAGCAAAACUGCAACCUUUGUUUAGCAAAUUUGUAUUUUAUUAAAGAAGUAUAAAGGAAAAGCAAACAAUUAAUAUUACACAAGAUGAACCGGAGUAAAUCUAAAGUUAUACUAAAAAGGAAAGUGAUAGCAGUUAAACGAACACUAAUAAGAGAAUAUGGAUAAACGACGGCAGUAUAAAGGAGCGUUAGCAACUAACCAUAAGGUGAAGCGUUAACUCGAAAGCAAAGCAAAAAUGUCGCACAUGCCACUCCCUCUCCCACGCACCCUUCACCUGAAAACAACAGAGUAAUAUUGUACAUAACCUAAAAAGUUGAGAAAAUCUGAAGAAGGCGAUUUUCUUCUGUCUCUGCCUGACUCACCGUGAAAGCAAGUAGGCAAUGCCCUGUCUCUCUCUUUCCUAGCAGGAGAACUCUUUAUACAACUAUGAUUUUUUAGGUAGCGAUAAUUUGAGGUUAGUUUUAGUUCGAGACGGAACUCAAAAAGAAAGCAGAGAAAGCGAAGCGGAAGCAGCGGCACCACACUUACGAGGAAGAGGAGGGAGAACACUGGAACGUGAUGAAAAAGAUGAUGAUUGGAGGACAAUGUUGAAGAACGCUGUACUUUCAACUUAGUUAAAGCGGUGUAUUGGAAAGCUGGAGAUGAACUUUUUAAACCAUUAAGUAGCGAGUUAUGAGUAUAUUUUAAAGGAUUAAUACCACAACUAGUAGCUGAUGACGGGAGGUGGACGAAGAAGAGCGUUGGAAGCGAGAACAUUGUAUAUUGCAUAAUUUUAGGAGGAAAGGAUGGAAGUGGAUCAGAUGCGUACUGCCAAAACUUGUAAAGUUCAGUACUAUUUGCUUAGCCUCAUUUUUGGUAAAAAAAAACUAAAAACCAAAAUCAAAACACACUAAGAACUAAAAACAAAGGAAUCAUAAGCUCUGUUAGUUAAUUUCCGUUGUUAAUUUUGGUUGUUUUUGUAUGUAUAAUGUAUGUGUAUAAAAAUCGAAAUGCGAAAGAACUAAGAACUUGAGCGGUCUUCAAUUCACAUCGUAACUCGUAAUCAUAAUGAAAUCGUAUAUAUGUAAAUACAUAUUGAUAUAUGUAUAAAUUUGUACGACCUUUAUUUUGUUUGAUGUUUUUAUUAUCGUGGACUUUUCUUUGUUGAUUUUUUUGCCGCCACCAAAGCUUUAAAUAUUUACAUAGUAAACUGUGUUCUCAGCUAAACGAUGAAGUUAAUAAAUAAAAUUAUGUUAAAAAACACAA